UCACGCAAUCAAUUCACUCGUUUCUUUUCCCCAUCGUUGUAGUGUCCCUGAAAAUGACAACCGAUACAAUCGAAAGAUUUGAGAAGAAAAUAGUAAAUAAUGAUGGGAAAAAAUUAUACUGUCGUUACUGGAAUGAAGAGCAACAAAUAGACAGUGCUCCAACUAGGGGACUUGUAUUCAUUUGUCAUGGAGCAGCAGAACAUUGCCUAUGUUACACAGAACUUGCCAUGUACUUGAUAGAAAAUGGAUUCUAUGUUUUUGCACAUGAUCAUGUUGGUCAUGGACAGAGUGAUGGAGAUAGAGUACAUGUGGAGACUUUUGACACAUAUGUAAAUGAUGUAUUCCAGCAUGUAGACGGAGUUAAGAAAAACUUCCCUGACAAUACUCCUGUCUUUAUUAUUGGUCAUUCUAUGGGAGGGACUAUUUCUGUUUUAUGUGGACUAGAGAGACCAGAUUACUUUAAUGGUGUGAUAUUAAUUGGUCCAGCACUCAUUCCAAGUCCAGAUGCAGCAUCUCCAGUGAAGGUUUUCUUAGGCAAGAUAGCAGCUAAAAUACUUCCACAGCUGUGUGUCAUAAAGCUUGACUCAAAAGGCUUGUCAAGAGAUGCUGCUGUGGUUAAAAAAUAUGAUGAUGAUCCAUUGGUCUGGCAUCAUGGUCUGAAAGCAAGAUGGGGAGUCAGUUUCUUAAAAGCAAUGGACACAAUAAAAGAGAAACAGUCAACAGUAGAGUGGCCUUUCCUUGCACUUCAUGGUGAUGAGGACAAGUUAUGUGAUGUUGAAGGUGCCAUAAAGUUUCACGAACUUGCUAAAAGUACAGAUAAAGAAAUAAAGAUAUACAAAGGACUAUAUCACCAGCUGCAUAACGAACUAGAAGAAGAUAAGAAAGUAGUAUUUGAAGAUAUAAAGAGCUGGUUAAUGAAAAGAUCUUAAAUUAUUUCAAUUAGAUAUGGCUAGUGAGAAUAUAACUUUCAAAUUAAGGUCUGAAUAUGAAAUGAAAUAGAGUAAAUAGCAUGUAUUAGUAUGUUAUAACAUAUGAAUACAUACUAUGCUAAGAUUUAAAACAUUUUUGACCAUCCAUUUUUUUCAAAUCUACGACUUUAGUCGAAAAAGCGAGACUAAGCGAUCCUACAUUCCAUCGU